AUGGGCGAGGACUCUGAGAAGCCUGGAGAAGAGAAUAGAAGAAUGCUGGAAGCAGGAGAAGUGCGCAGAAGGCAGGGAGAGGACGGCGAAGAGGAAAGAUCGCACGCCUCAAGGUAUCCGCUCGCGUGGAGUGCCUGCUCUUCGAGCAUCCGAUUAUGAUAUAGUGGAAUUCUGAUGGGCGAGGACUCUGAGAAGCCUGGAGAAGAGAAUAGAAGAAUGCUGGAAGCAGGAGAAGUGCGCAGAAGGCAGGGAGAGGACGGCGAAGAGGAAAGAUCGCACGCCUCAAGGUAUCCGCUCGCGUGGAGUGCCUGCUCUUCGAGCAUCCGAUUAUGAUAUAGUGGAAUUCUUAUGGGCGAGGACUCUGAGAAGCUUGGAGAAGAGAAUAGAACCAUGCUGCAAGCAGCAGCAGCGCGCAGAAAGCAGAGAGAGGACGGCGAAGAGGAAAGAUCGCACGCCUCAAGGUAUCCGCUCGCGUGGAGUGCCUGCUCUUCGAGCAUCCGAUUAUGAUAUAGUGGAAUUCUGAUGGGCGAGGACUCUGAGAAGCCUGGAGAAGAGAAUAGAACAAUGUUGCAAGCAGCAGCAGCGCGCAGAAAGCAGAGAGAGGACGGCGAAGAGGAAAGAUCGCACGCCUCAAGGUAUCCGCUCGCGUGGAGUGCCUGUUCUUCGAGCAUCUGAUUAUGAUAUAGUGGAAUUCUGAUGGGCGAGGACUCUGAGAAGCCUGGAGAAGAGAAUAGAACAAUGUUGCAAGCAGGAGAAGUGCGGAGAAGGCAGGGAGAGGGCGGCGAAGUGGAAAGAUCGCACGCCUCAAGGUAUCCGCUCGCGUGGAGUGCCUGCUCUUCGAGCAUCUGAUUAUGAUAUAGUGGAAUUCUGAUGGGCGAGGACUCUGAGAAGCCUGGAGAAGAGAAUAGAACCAUGCUGCAAGCAGCAGCAGCGCGCAGAAGGCAGGGAGAGGACGGCGAAGAGGAAAGAUGGCACGCCUGUGGCUCUCAUCGCUUGGAGAGACUGCUCUUUGAGCAUCCGAGGAUGGAGUCGUAA